UUUAUUGAUACUAAGAGGAAGUGUAAAGAGAGGGAAACGAUCCAAAAAAGGAAGAAAACGGGGGGGAAAGAGACACUCGUGAGGUUUUUGUUAAGACCUAAACACUCCUCAACAUUACUCUACUCUUCGAUACUUUAAGUUUUUUGAGUGUGUCAGUGGCUCAGUGCCCAAGGAAAAGGGCUAGUUGGUGAUUGGAGGCAAUAGGGUUAGUAAGAAGAUGGCGAAGGAGGUGAACGAAGAGAAGCAAGGGAUAGAAGCCAAGAUUCAGGCAGCUUUGCGCUCUCGUAUUCAACAUUUCAAAGAAAAUGCCGACUCCUUCACUUUGGAGAAGGUGCGUAGACUGAUAGAGGAAGACUUGGAGCUUGAAAAGUAUGCUCUUGAUGUGCACAAACGAUUCAUUAAGCAAUUCUUGGAGAAGCUAAUGGAGAAUGCUGCUGCUGAUGGUGUCCCUAAGGAUUCUCAGGAAAAUUUGGAAAAAGAUGCCUCUUCGAUUAAACAAGAAAAAGAAGUGCUCGAGUCCCCCAAAAAGCAAGUGAUAAAGAAUGAUAUCAAAGAGCCAGCACUUGAUGAAGCAGAAAUGGAUGAUUCUCCUAUAAUGGGCGUUAUGAGCUCGAAAUCAGAGUCAGUGGAUGCUCAAGGUGUAAAGGCAAGUGAGAGCUCAAUAAAGAAGGCUAUCUGGGAGAGAGCUGCUCACUUCAGAGCUAAUUCUGAGUCAAUAACUCUGGCUGGUGUUCGUCGACUUCUGGAAGAAGAUCUUGGUCUUGAGAAAAAUACUCUUGAUGCCUUUAAGAAGUUUAUUCAGAUUCAAAUAGAUGAGGUGUUAACACCUUCUGAAGCUCCUAAAUCUAGCAGUAUAAAGAAAAGCCAUGAAAAAAAAAGUAAAACAGCAAAGAAGAGUGGUGAAAACUCUGAUUCAUUUAGCAGCCGACGUAAACAUAUAGCAGAGAAAGUAAAAUCAGGAAAGAGAUCUGCCGCAAAAGAAAGAGGUGAGACAUCUGAAGGACUGAAGAAACGAAAAAAACCCAAUUCAGAGGAUAAUGUCCCUGCCAAAAAGCAGAAAGAAGUUUCUAAGAAGCUGUCAGAUGAAAAUAGUGAUGGAGACACCGAUAAGAGUGAUUCUGAAGAUGGUCAAUCUGGAUCAUCUGCUGAAAUAGUACCUGCCAAGAAGAAAGUUGUAAAGGGAGCACCAGCUAAUACUGGAUACGGAAAACGUGUGGAACAUCUGAAAUCAAUCUUCAAAGCUUGUGGGAUGAGUGUUGCUCCUUCUAUUUAUAAGAGAGCCAAGCAGGUAUCUGACGAUAAGCGUGAGGGCUUCCUGAUAAAGGAGUUGGAAAAGAUACUUUCUGCAGAAGGGCUAUCAAAGAACCCCACCGAGAAAGAAAUCAAAGAAGUCAAAAAGAGAAAGCAAACAGCGAAAGAAUUGGAAGGAAUUGACUUAAGCAACAUUGUUUCAAAUACACGAAGGAGAUCAACAUCCAGCUUUGUGGCUCCUCCAAGACCCAAGUCACCUCCUAAAACUGAUAAGAAUGAUGACAAAGAUGGUGAUAGCGACGCCGAUGAUGCAAGUGAUGACGACAAAGACGAUGAUGACAAUGAAGCUGAUGAGAGCAGUCAGAGUGAGGAGUUCAAUGAAGAUGAUAAUGAGGACAGUGAAUGAAGCUCUCUGCUGAGUGAAGAUUAUAACUUAUAGAUCGGGGAUGAUCUUUCCAAUGUAUCAAUAGUUUCAGCUUCUCAACUUAGAUUUGGGAGCUGAAAUUUAGUGUAUUUUAGAAGUAUAUUUACAAGAGAUGUGAUAUUUAGCUUUGUUAAGAAGUGUCAAAUUUAGCGGUCAUGGAUAUUGGAUACCAUAGUUAGUUAUCGAGGGAUGUUGUACAUGGAACAUCUUUUCUUGUGCAUUGUAGGAGGUGAUAAUCUUCAUGUUUGUACACUGGUAGUAAUGCUUUAAAAGGCUUCUUGGCGCAA